CACGAAUACACUUUUUUACAUUCGCACAAACAAAUAAUAACAAAAAGCAAAACAAAUUUCAAAAAAAUAUUCUUAAUUAUCGUUCGUCUACACACACAAUCCUCCGACGACGUCAAACGACGUCUCCCCAAUUUCCUCCUUUUAUCUAACCGCAGCCCAAUCUGCCUAAAUCAAGCUCCGCACCCGGCGGCAGAUGGCGCACGGCGGCGGCGACGGAAAUUCGGUGGGGCCGGACUUCGACCUACCCGACGAUGUUCUGGCGGUCAUACCCACGGACCCGUACGAACAACUGGAUCUGGCCCGCAAGCUAACGUCAAUGGCCAUCGCGUCGCGCGUGUCGAAGCUCGAGACGGAGACCAGGAGCCUCCGCCAGAAGCUCAGCGAGAAGGACCGCCUCGUUGAGGAGCUGGAGGACAAGGUCUCCCAGCUCGAGGGUGCGUUCCAAGACGCGGAAAUGCGAUUGAAACUCACUCGCGAAGAAAAUAUGGAGCUACUGAAGGAGAGGGAUUCUUUGGCUUCCACAGCAAAGAAGCUCAGUCGUGAUUUGGCCAAGCUUGAGACAUUUAAGAGGCAAUUGAUGCAAUCAUUGAAUGAAGAAAAUUCAUCGACAGAAACGGUAGACAUCGGUACUUACGACCAAACAGUGCUCAAAGCCUAUUCUACUACUGAUGACUCAAAUCGCUACAGAAAACAUCACUCGUACAGUGGGUCCACCAAUGGCACAAACAUAAACGAUGAAGUCCCGAAGCAAGCCGGACAUAAAUUUUCGAUCACGCCAUACAUAACCCCUCGUCUCUCACCUAACGGGACCCCAAAAGUAGCUUCGACUAGCGUGUCACCAAGAAGGUACAAAACUGCUAGCUCCCCAAAGAAGGCCUCGGGAGCCACUACCCCUACAAAGAUUUACGAGGGGAAAGCCUCUUUGUCAUCAUGCUAUCCGUCCAGUCGCACUCCUAGAAUUGAUGGAAAGGAAUUUUUCCGUCAAGUCAGGAGUCGGCUAUCACUCGAGCAAUUCAGCUCUUUCCUUGCGAAUAUUAAGGAACUAAAUGCACAAAGGCAAUCUCGCGAGGAGACGUUGAGAAAAGCCGAAGAGAUUUUCGGAAUGGAAAAUAAAGAUCUCUACAUAUCAUUUCAAGGGUUGCUAAACCGCAACAUGCACUAGGAAGUGUUCUUGCUAGCAAUAUCUGUAGUUCU